AUGGGAUUGUCUUUCACGAAGCUGUUCAGUCGGCUGUUUGCCAAGAAAGAGAUGCGUAUACUUAUGGAUGUCGGGGGUCAAGACAAGAUCCGUCAUCUGUGGAGACAUUACUUCCAAAAUACACAAGGCCUUAUUUUUAUGGUUGACAACAACGACAGGGAUCAUGUUGCUGAAGCUAGAGAUGAGCUGCAUAGGAUGUUGAAUGAGGAUGAAUUGAGAGAUGUCGUGCUUCUAGUUUUUGCAAACAAACAAGAUCUUCCAGAUGCUAUGAAUGCUGCUGAGAUAACUGAUAAGGUUGGUCUUCAUUCUCUUCGUCAGCGUCACUGGUACAUCCAGAGCACACGCGCUACAUCUGGUGAAGGACUUGAUGAAGGACUUGACUGGCUCUCAAACAACAUUGCAAACAAGGCAUAG